AUGGCCAUCCUCAAGUCUAACAUGCUCUUCGACCACAAAAACUCGGCCGAGGCCGUGUCCCCUGACCCCUCAUCUGCGGUCAACGUCGAGAUGACGGCUGAUAGAAAGACACCCAACGCCGAGGUCGUUGAUGCUGGUAUCGACCAUCUGAAGAGCCAUGUUGCGCGCGACAACGUCCAAACUGGCGUGCAGAAGAUCCAGGCUGUGACCUUAACCUGGUCAAGAACAUCGAUGUUUUCAAUCCUCUGCCUUCUUUGGCUUGUCACCUUGGCCAAUGGAUUCCGGACAGCCAUCUUCUACAGCUUGACCCCUUAUGCCACCAGUGAUUUCCAAAAUCACUCGCUCUUACCCACUAUCAACAUCGUCUCCGGCGCCAUAACUUCCGCAUUGUAUAUUCCGGUCGCUAAAUUGGUCGACGUCUGGGGCCGUGCCGAAGGCUGGAUGUUCAUGGUCGGCUUGUCGACCGUGGGGCUGGUCAUGAUGGCCGCAUCCAGAAAUAUCGAAACGUACUGCGCCGCCGACGUCUUCUAUUCCGUCGGAUUUGCUGGCAUGAACUAUAUCCUCUGCGUCCUCGCAGCCGAUGUCACCAACCUCAGGAACCGCGGCAUUGCCUUUGCCUUCACCUCCUCCCCGUACAUGAUUACCGCCUUUGCGGGAUCAAAGGCUGCCGAGAAGUUUCUACAGAACGUUCACUGGCGCUGGGGAUUUGGCGCUUUCGCUAUCAUCAUCCCCUGUAUCGCCUCCCCAGUCUACUUUGUUCUCAAAGCCGGGCUGAAAAAGGCUGAACAACAAGGGAUCAUCCAGCUCAGCGAACGUAGUGGUCGAACUCUAAUACAGAAUAUCAAGCAUCACUUCUUCGAGUUCGAUAUUCUUGGGGUCAUCCUUCUCGCCGGAGGGUUUACCGUCUUCCUCCUGCCCUUCACCUUGGCGUCUACCGCCCGCAACGGCUGGAAGACAGACUACAUCGUUGGCAUGAUAGUCACGGGCUUCGUUCUGAUUGUCCUAUUCGGUCUUUAUCAGGCCUACUGGGCCCCUCAACCAUUUUUGAAGCACGAAUUUCUCACCGACCGCACCGUUAUCGGCGCCUGCCUACUCGACGCAACGUAUCAAAUGUCUUACUACUGUUGGAACAGUUACUUUAACUCCUUCUUACAGGUCGUCAGCAACCUCGACGUUGCGGAGGCAGGUUACGUUGGGAGUACUUUCCAGGUCGUUUCGGGAGUCUUGCUCUUCCUUGUGGGGUACAUCAUCCGUCGGACUGGCUACUUCCGGUGGCUGUUGUUUAUCGGCGUGCCAUUAUACAUCUUCGCCCAGGGCCUGAUGAUCCACUUCCGGCAGCCCAACCAGUAUAUCGGCUACAUCGUCAUGUGCGAGAUCUUCAUCUCGGUCGCCGGCGCCACCUUCAUCCUCAUCAUGCAGCUCUCCGUCCUCGCCGCCGUCGACCACCAGCACGUUGCCGCCGCCCUGGCCGUGCUCUUCGUCUCGGGCGGCAUUGGUGGUUCCGUCGGCAACGCCAUCUCAGGCGCCAUCUGGACCAACACCUUCCUCCUCGCCCUGCAGCGCAACCUCCCGGAGGCCGAGCUCCCCAACAUUACCAUGAUUUACUCGAGGCUGCAGACCCAACUCAGCUACCCGGUCAACUCGCCCGAGCGGAUUGCCAUCCAGGAGUCGUAUGGCUAUGCCCAGACGCGCAUGUUGGCCGCGGGCACGGGUCUGAUGGCGCUGAACUUUGCUUGGGUGGCUAUGAUUCGUAAUUACAAUGUGAAGAAGAUGACCCAAACUAGCGGAGUGGUGUUCUAG